UCCAAUGACAAAGUGUCUUGUGGCUUCGAGCUUUUCCCGGAGACCCAUCCAGUAUAUCGUAUUCAUUAUUGGAGUUCCAGGAUUUCAAGACGAAGGACAGAAGGAGUGAGUGACCCAGUGGGCUGGUUGGUGUGCGGGGAGAGCAGCAGCUAUGGGUGAAAUGGAGGGCUCCUACAGGGCCAUACAGACCCCUGGCACCCGGCUGGGGGCCCAGUUCAAUGCUGGGAUCAGUACCUUGGAGCCGGGCCAGAGCCUCAGUGAUGCCUUGGGCCCCGUGGGUAGGAGCCCAGGCAGGGGACUACAGCUCAGGGUCCAGGGCCUGGACGACUCCCAGGAGUUUUACGACUUGGAGUCCAGAGCUGACGGACAGACUCUUCUCUCUGAUGUGUUCCGGAGGAGCAACCUAAUGGAGAGUGAUUACUUUGGCCUAGAGUUCCAGAACAUGCAGAUGAGCUGGGUUUGGUUGGAACCCACGAAGCUUGUUGUGAAACAAGUGAAGAGACCCAUGAACACCCUCUUCAGGCUGUCCGUGAAGUUCUUUCCCCCUGACCCUGGUCAGCUGCAGGAAGAGUACACUAGGUACCUGUUCUCCCUGCAGAUGAAGCGAGACCUGCUAGAGGGCAGGUUGAGCUGUACAGAAAACACUGCUUCCCUGCUGGCCUCACAUCUCCUUCAAUCGGAGAUAGGGGACUAUGACGACAUGGCGGACAGGGACUUCCUGAAGCUGAACAAGCUGCUGCCCAAUCAGGAGAGGAUACAGGAGAGGAUCAUGGAACUGCACUACAGACACCUCGGGCAGACUCCAGCCGACUCAGACUUUCAGGUUCUGGAGAUCGCCCGUAAACUGGAGAUGUACGGCGUCCGUUUCCACCCAGCAGCUGACCGCGAGGGAACGAAGAUCAACCUGGCCGUGGCUCACAUAGGCCUGCAGGUCUUCCAGGGUAACACCAAAAUAAACACCUUCAAUUGGUCCAAGAUCCGAAAACUGAGCUUCAAGAGGAAACGCUUCCUGAUCAAGCUAUACCCAGAGGUUCAUGGGCCUCAUCAGGAUACCCUGGAGUUUCAGAUGGUCAGUCGGGACCAGUGCAAGAUCUUCUGGAAGAAUUGUGUGGAACAUCACUCGUUCUUCCGCCUCUUGGAUCAGCCGCAGCCCAAGUCCAAAGCCAUUCUCUUUAGUAGGGGAUCGUCCUUCAGAUACAGUGGGAGGACCCAGAAGCAACUAGUGGAAUAUGUGAAGGACAGCGGAGCAAGGAGGACACCAUAUCAGAGGAGGAACAGUAAGGUGAGGAUGUCGGCUCGCUCCCUGGCCCCCGAUGUGCCAAAACAGACGUUCUCGUUCAAUGACAGCCUGCGGGCGCCAGGUUCCCCAUCCUCUGCGACCGGGUCCUUCCACUCCAUACAAGUCUUCAGCUCCCCCACACGUCCGGAGCCCCAGGCACAGUCUAUACAGCCUCCCCAGAGCCAGGCCCAGUCUACACAGCCUCCUCUCCAGAGCCAGGCCCAGUCUACACAGAGCCAGGCCCAGUCUACACAGCCUCCUCCCCAGAGACAGGCCCAGUCUACACAGCUUCCUCCCCAGCAGCAAGAGACCCAGCUCCUGCCCCCACAUCUGGCCAGGCCCUCCAGCCCCCAGCGAAGGAGGACCCCCACAAGGCCACCGACAUCCCCCAUGUCACCACGCCUUCUCACAAGGUGCCCCAAGUUCCCCUGUGGCAGGAGACUGCAACCCCUCGUCUGUCAGCAGCCCUCCCAAAAUGGCAAUGAGGGUAGUGAGCAGGGUGGGGGAUGGGGAUCGAGGUGCAGGGAGGGGGGAGGGGGGGAGACGAGAGUGUUCCUCUCAGCUGAUGUGUUUGAGGCGGAGCUUCUCCGAGCCAGGCAGAAGCCCCUGUUCCCAUUGGCUAACACCCAGCUCCAUGUCACAGAGGAGUUCAUAGAUGACGACCCCACUGAGAUGUCGUUCUACGGCGGCGGGGCCGAGGCCUAUUACGGCUAUGAGGAGAAGUGGGGGUCCUCUAUGGACAGCCCCCAGCUCUCCCCAUUCAACUCCAAGAGCUCUCCCCUCUGCCUGUCCCCCUCCUUCCAGAUGUCUACGCUGAGUCUCCCGGGGGCAGGCCAGGCCCCCUCGCCCCUACAGAGCCCCAUCCUGAGUGAGGUGGGCACCAACAGGCUAGAGGAGGAGGAGGAGGGCAGGAGGAAGCGAUAUCCCACCGACAAGGCCUACUUCAUUGCCAAAGAGAUUCUAACCACAGAGAGGACCUACCUGAAAGACCUAGAAGUCAUCACAGUGUGGUUCCGCAGUGCGGUGAUCAAAGAGAACGCCAUGCCAGAGGGGCUGAUGACCCUGCUGUUCUCCAACAUCGACCCCAUUUACGAGUUCCACCGGGGGUUCCUCAAGGAGAUCGACCAGAGACUAGCUUUAUGGGAGGGGCGCUCUAACGCUCAUGUGAAGGGAGACUACCAGAGGAUUGGAGACGUCAUGCUGAGGAACAUGUGUGCUCUCAAGGAGUUCACCAACUACCUGCAGAAACAUGACGAGGUGCUCACCGAGCUGGAGAAGGCCACCAAGCGCCUGAAGAAGCUGGAGACGGUGUAUAAGGAGUUUGAGCUUCAGAAGGUGUGUUACCUGCCUCUCAACACGUUCCUGCUGAAGCCCAUCCAACGUCUCAUGCACUACAAACUGAUCCUAGAGAGACUGUGUAAACACUACAGCCCAGACCACCCCGACCACAACAACUGCAGAGAGGCCCUGAAGGAGGUGGCAGAGAUGACCAAUCAGCUCCAGAGUAGUUUGAUCCGUCUGGAGAACUUCCAGAAGCUGUCUGAGCUCCAGAGAGACCUGAUCGGCAUCGAGAACCUCACUGCGCCUGGCAGGGAGUUCAUUCGAGAGGGUUGUCUGUACAAGCUGACCAAAAAAGGGCUGCAGCAAAGGAUGUUUUUCCUGUUCUCCGACCAGCUCCUGUACACGAGUAAAGGUGUGACGGCCACCAACCAGUUCAAGGUCCAUGGCCAGCUGCCUCUGCACGGCAUGAUCGUGGAAGAGAGUGAGAAUGAGUGGUCUGUUCCUCACUGCUUCACCAUCUACUCUGCCCAGAGGACCAUUGUGGUGGCAGCCAGCUCGAAGGUGGAGAUGGGGAAAUGGAUAGAGGAUCUCAACAUGGCAAUAGAGAUGACCAAGAAAUCUCAGGAGAAAUCAGACCUGUUCCUGGACCCAGGGCUGUGUGAUCGCUCCAACAGGUCGUCGGAUGAGGUUUCUCUGGAUCAGGAGUCAGAGGAUGACAUGUCGUCGUCCCGUAACUCUCUGGAUAAGCAGACCCAUCACCGUGCCAACAGCACCAUGCAUGUCUGCUGGCAUCGCAACACCAGCGUGUCCAUGUCAGAUCACAGCCUGGCUGUGGAGAACCAGCUCUCAGGUUACCUCCUAAGGAAAUUCAAGAACAGCAACGGCUGGCAGAAGCUCUGGGUGGUCUUCACCAACUUCUGUCUGUUCUUUUACAAGACUCACCAGGAUGAUUUCCCGCUGGCCAGCCUCCCGUUGCUAGGUUACACCGUGAGCAGCCCGGGAGAGUCAGACAGCAUCCACAAGGAAUACGUCUUCAAACUGCACUUCAAGUCCCACGUCUAUUUCUUCCGGGCGGAGAGCGAGUAUACAUUCGAGAGAUGGAUGGAGGUGAUUAAGAGUGCGGCCAGUGCUACUGGCAGGAUGAGUCUCCUCAUACCUAAAGGUCCCCUGCAGAUGAAUGGGAACUAACUGCGCUCUUUGAUCUGAUCUACUGCGGCUUAGAAGCUUCUAUCUAAUCUGCAUCCCAAAUGGCACCCAAGGGUCAGUCCUAGAGAGCAAAGGGCUGGGCCCAAUAGACUCUGAGACAAUACUGUAUAAUACCAUCCCCCUCUCUACGGUUCUCAUUGGCAUCAUGUUAAAGUGGCACUCAUGUCUUGGAUUUAUUUGGCAGAUAAGGGCUCAGUGAGUGACUGGAAGUUAUUAUAUAUAUAUAUUUAAUUCUCUCCUUCUGGAAUGGUCAACCAUUGUUAUGUGAGUAUCUGUUGAAACAAUGUAUCAGCAGGGAACAGAGUAACAUUCUAAAUCCAGUAAUUGGAUACGUGGUUCAAGAGAGAAGGAUAUACCAGUGCUAUCACGAUCAACAAGGAUGCUUGAGGACAUCCUGUCAAGGAUGAGUGUACACACUCAGCCAGCUGAGAAAGGGAACUAAAGCGAGACUCAUAACCUUCUCAUGGCAGCCAGUGUAAAACAACUACAUCACAAAACAUAGGAUUGGUUUCCCACACUCGGAUUAAGUCUAGUCCUGGCCUAAAAAAAAAAAGCAUUUAAAAAAAAAAAAAAAAAAAAAAAAAAAAAGGAAAAUCACCUUUUGAAAGUGUUUGUUUACUCCAGAACUAGACUUAAUCUGUGUCCAGAACUAGACUUAAUCUGUGUCCAGAACUAGACUUAAUCUGUGUCCAGAACUAGACUUAAUCUGUGUCCAGAACUAGACUUAAUCUGUGUCCAGAACUAGACUUAA